AGAUUCAUGGCACAAAUUAAGUUUCCUUGUCACAUGUCACUUGCGUCUCUGGUUAUAGUUAUUUUGUUUACAACUACUUCUCCAAUAUUUGCUACAAAGGAUUGCUAUUUUCCCGCCAUCUUCAACUUUGGUGCUUCAAACUCGGAUACGGGUGGGCUGGCGUCCGCCUUUGAAGCGCCGGGGUUCCCAUAUGGAGAGACUUAUUUUAAUAGAUCAACAGGAAGAUACUCUGAUGGGCGAAUCAUUCUUGAUUUCAUAGCACAGAAUUUCGGACUUCCAUAUCUCAGUCCAUAUCUUAAUUCUUUGGGGUCCAACUUCUCACAUGGUGCAAACUUUGCAACAGUAGCAUCAACAAUCAGAAUGCCUACUAGUAUUCUACCUCAAGGAAAAUUCAGUCCAUUUUUCUUGACAGUUCAAUCUAUUCAGUUCAAAGAUUUUAUACCCAAAACAAAACUCAUUAGAGAUCAAGGAGGUGUAUUUUCAACAUUGGUUCCUAAAGAAGAUUAUUUUUCAAAAGCCUUGUACACAUUUGAUAUCGGUCAAAAUGAUCUUACUGCUGGUUUUUUUGGUAAUACAAGUAUACCACAAGUCAAUGCUACUAUACCUGAUAUAGUAGGCAAAUUCAUAGAGAAUAUCAAAAACAUAUACAACUUAGGAGCUAGGUCAUUUUGGAUACACAACACAGGACCAAUCGGAUGUCUUCCUUUAAUUUUAGCUUCCUUUCCAUCCUCUAUAAAGGAUGGAUAUGGAUGCGCAUUGAAAUACAAUGAAGUAUGUCAAUAUUUCAAUUUAAAGUUGAAGGAAGCUUUAACUCAACUUCGCAAUGAUCUUCCUCUUGCUGCAAUCACAUACGUAGAUGUUUACUCUCCUAAGUACUCUCUUUUUCAAAAUCCAAAAAAAUACGGAUUUGAGCUUCCACUUAUGGCAUGUUGCGGUAAUGGAGGAAAGUACAACUUUAAUAGUCGUGGUAGAUGUGGAGAAGUCAUAACUGGUACAAAAAAAGUUCCAGGUUCAUGUUUAAACCCAUCUAGUAGAAUCAUAUGGGACGGUGUCCAUUACACAGAGGCAGCUAACAAAAUUGUCUUUGAUCAAAUCUCUACCGGAGCUUUUACAGAUCCUCCCAUUCCCCUUAAUAUGACAUGUCACAAAAAUUCCACGUGA